AUGGAGCAGAAGAAAGAAAGCACAGUGACAAGGCUGCAAGCUGUGAAGGACAAGAGUGGGAAGUCCUACAAUCAGUUGGCGGAGGAGACGGGACUCACCAACGUCUAUGUUGCUCAGCUUCUCCGAAGACAGGCUCAGCUCAAACCCGACACUGCCCCCCUCCUGCUGGCUGCGCUGCCCGACCUGCCCCAAGACCUUGUGCGUGAGAUGAUGAGACCCCCUUUGAGGUCUUAUGACCCUAAUCUCAUCCAAGACCCCACUGUCUAUAGGUUGAAUGAAGCUGUUAUGCACUUUGGGGAGAGCAUCAAAGAGAUAAUCAAUGAGGAGUUUGGUGAUGGAAUCAUGUCAGCAAUAGAUUUCUACUGCUCAGUUGACAAAAUUAAAGGAGUAGAUGGGAAGGACCGUGUGGUAGUGACAUUUGAUGGGAAAUAUUUGCCUCAUUCGGAACAGUUCAAAACAUUUGUUCAAUGUGAACAGAAAUCUGAGCAUAUGGUUUCAAGAACAAGGCCAUUGGAGAAACAAUGA